UGGAGAUUAAAACAAUGUUGGAGGAGGGACAACCUCACUUUACAGAGAAAUGCUGCAUCUACAGGGUGCCCCAUAACAUCCGGAAGUUUAAUAAAGAUGCAUACACUCCAGAGGUUGUUUCAAUUGGUCCUUUUCACCAUGGAAAUGAAAAACUGCUAAAGAUGGAGUAUCAUAAAAGAUUAUAUUGCAGACAAUUCAUUGAAAGAUCCGAGACGAAGAACUUGGAAAGUUUUGUGAGUUGCGUGCAAGAGGUGGAGGCAGAGGUUCGUGGUUGUUACUCAGAUGACAUCAAGCUUAGUAAGGAAAAGCAUGUUAUGGUGAUCUUGGUGGAUUGCUGCUUCAUAUUAGAGUUUUUACUGAGGAUCCAUUUCAAGCAGUUGCAGGAUGCCAUUUUUCUGUCACCACGGUUAUGGAGCCCUAUAGCAUUAGAUUUGUUGUUGAUUGAGAAUCAAGUCCCUUUCUUUGUUCUUGACAAGCUUUACAAUCUAGCUUUUCCUUCUACCUUGAAUAGUAACCAUCCUUCAUUAUUAGGUCUCACUCUUCUUGUGGUUCCUAAUGAUACUAUUCCUCCAGGUUAUAAAAAUGAGCUAACUUUAUCUAGUGUUGGUAGAAUAGCUCAUUUCACAGAUCUAAUAAGAAAGCUUCUAUUAAGAUCCUCUCAGUUUUUCCAACCAUCAGCCUCUGGACGCGCAAGAGGAAAAAAGAUGACCCAAAUUUAUAGUGCAACUAAGUUGAAUGAAGCUGGAGUGAAGUUUGAGGUAAACAAAAAUGAUAAAUGCUUACUAGACUUGGAAAUUUCAGGCUGUACUUUGAGAAUCCCAUUUAUUAGUGUGGAUGACUGGACUGAAGUUAUUUUGAGAAAUUUGUUAGCUUUCGAACAAUGUCACUGUAUCUAUGAACCCUACCUCACAGACUAUAUCAUCUUCUUUGAUUUUCUUAUCAAUGCAGACAAAGAUGUAGAUUUCCUUAUUAAGAAAAAAAUAAUUGAGAAUUGGUUAGGUGAUAGCAAUGCAGUGGCCAAAAUGUUCAAUGGUCUUGGAGUGAACCUUUUGUAUCCAGAUUUUAAUGUGCAAUAUUCCCAUAUUUUUGAUGAGUUGAAUGCUUUCUGUGCACGCCCUUGGAACAAAAAUGUUGCGACUUUGAGGCGCGAUUACUGCAACACUCCAUGGAAGACCGUAGCUUCUAUUGCUGGAAUUUUUCUGCUUAUUCUCACUGUUAUUCAAACAGUAUUUUCUAUCCUCCAUUGAAAACACUAGUACUAGAUUAAUGUUUGUGUUGUGUAGUGUGGAUUGGAUGAUUAUAUGUUUAAUU